UCUUCUCUCUCCUCUCUCUCUCUUUCUCACAUCUUCGAGAAGUUUCCGCCGGCGGGAGAGAUCAAAGAAACGGUUUGCUCGCUCAGAGAUCAGAGAAAAUGGACAUUCACUUGUCAAGAUUAUCUGUUUUGCUUUUGUUUCUCUGUUCUUGGAUUAGUUUCACCACAACAGAAGCUUAUGAUGCACUUGAUCCAAAUGGAAAUAUUACUAUAAAAUGGGAUAUUAUGUCAUGGACUCCUGAUGGUUAUGUGGCUGUUGUGACAAUCUUCAAUUUCCAACAAUACCGUCACAUUGAGGCGCCGGGGUGGCAAUUGGGAUGGAGUUGGAGGAAGAAGGAAGUGAUAUGGAGUAUGGUUGGUGCACAAGCAACAGAACAAGGAGAUUGUUCUAAGUUCAAGGGUAACAUUCCUCAUUGCUGCAAGAAAACUCCGGCUAUUGUUGACUUGUUACCUGGUACUCCUUAUACCCAACAGAUAUCAAACUGUUGUAGAGGCGGUGUAAUUAGCUCGUGGGCACAAGAUCCCGCAACCGCGGUUUCUUCUUUUCAGAUUAGUGUUGGCCAAUCUGGAACGACUAAUACGACUGUUAGAGCGCCUAGGAACAUUACUUUAAAGGGACCAGGACCUGGUUACACUUGUGGUCCUGCGCAACUCGUUAGGCCUAGCAAAUUUAUAUCUGCGGAUAAACGAAGAAAGACUCAGGCCUUGUUGACAUGGAACAUUACGUGCACUUAUUCGCAGUUUCUAGCACGGAAGACUCCGACUUGUUGUGUCUCACUCACAUCCUUCUAUAAUGAAACUAUAGUACCAUGCCCAACUUGUUCUUGUGGAUGUCAAAAUAGUUCUCAACCUGAUUCAUGUCUCGACCCCAAGAUAGCUUCGGUAGUACCUGCUUCAAGAAAGAACAGCCUAGAACCGCUUUUGCAAUGUACGAAGCAUAUGUGUCCCAUCCGAGUUCAUUGGCAUGUCAAAACUAACUACAAAGAGUACUGGCGAGUGAAAGUCGCAAUCACAAACUUCAACUACAAUAUGAACUACUCGCAAUGGAACUUAGUCGUUCAGCAUCCAAACUUCGACAAUCUUACUCAGCUUUUCAGCUUUAACUACAAAGCUCUUAAUCCUUACGCUCGCAUAAAUGACACGGCCAUGCUCUGGGGAAUCAAGUUCUACAACGACUUGUUGAGCCAAGCUGGUCCAGUAGGCAAUGUACAAUCAGAGCUUCUCUUCCAAAAGAACCCAUUGGAGUUCACAUUCGAGAAAGGAUGGGUGUUUCCGAGGCGCAUUUACUUCAACGGUGAUAACUGUGUCAUGCCAUCUCCAGACUCUUAUCCAUGGCUUCCCAACGCUACUCCAAAACUUGCAACCUCGUCAUUUAUUAUACUUCUCAUCACUUUCUUUUCUUUCUUGAUUCUUAUGUGAAGGGAUCACUCACAGUCGACAAAAAUCGCGCUUUUGACCUGGUUCAUACUUCAGAGACCGGGCAGGACUAAGUUUGGGAUUACAUAUAUAUACUCUUCUUGACAUGUUUUGUGAUGUUUAACAUUACAAUUGUGAGUUAAUGUGAGUGUGUUAAUAAGCAUCAUUCUUUGUACUAUCUAAAAUAUGAUAUAGAUCAGUAUUGUAGAUUUAGUUUCCUUAUUUUGUUUAUCAUCUGUUAAUACACCCUAUGUGUUAUAACUGAUAAGCAAGACA